GAGGACUGCACGCACACUCAACCGCUCGAGUAUCUGUACGUCCGCAGUGUGCUCCUCGUUCCUCACCACCGCGACAUCUCUACCGCGAUCCUGCACUUGCACUUGACCGCCUCGCACCGAUGAGGCGAUGAGCCUCGCCCGCCAUCUCUGCCAAAAGUUCUCGGAUCUGGACUCGAGCUCAAGAGCAACCUCACGCAUGUCAUAACCUCACUGCGUCCACCAUCUCGCCGCCGCCAUGACUCUCGAUGUCUCCAAGCCAGCCACUGUGGAUGGGGUCAUGAUUGAGGCAUGGGCGCAGGGUUUUAUGUGCGGGAGUUUGAUCGUCAUGGCUUGCGUUGCCAUCGCGAAUAUGCGAAAACGUACGCUACUGCACAAAUUGAUUGUCAUUGAGCUGCUGUUUGGAACCUUUCAUGGCACAUUUAUCUUUACCAAUCCACCUGUCUACAAUUGGUAUUUGAGCGUGACGGCAAUAUUCCUCAACAUCAGCUGGUCUUUGCACAACCUGAUCGCCUGGAUAAAGAACAAGCCAUUCUUGGGCAAGAAAGCGAGUAGGUUCUACAUCGGCACCGUGAUCCUGGUGCAGCCAUACUGGGUCUUGGAGAUCACCGCGAACUUCCUCUACUUCAGCGGCAGAAGCGACCUGUUCCGCUACACCCGCCCGUACGAAGCCCUCUUCCGCGAUCCAUGGUGGAUCUUCACAACCGUGAACCUCCUAUGGAACAUCAAAUCUCGAUACGAAUUCGGCUAUGGAGAGCUCAUCCGAGUAUCUCCUCGAUUUGGCAUCAUGCUCGGCGCCAUGCUUAUGAGUCUCGCGUUCAUCAUCGUCGAUAUCCUCGCCGUUACUCGCGUGAUUCCCACCUCCGGCCUACCCAACGGCAUCAAUCCAUUCUGGAAACUGGCGUUUGUCUUUAAAUGCUUGUCGGACACCAUGGUCCUGGACGACUUCAAGACUGCGCUGGAUCGCCUGAAACAGUACAAGAUGGAGCGAAUGGGUAGUGUUUUGAGCGAUGGAUUGAGAGGAGAGUUUGUCGAUGUGGAGGCGGCGAGGAAGCAGAAGGCGGAGGGUCAACUGCAGCCGCUGCCGGUGGACUCUGUCCAUGUCAGGGACUGGUCCUGUCCUAUUAAGGGUAGCGACGCCGAGUUCCUUGAUUUGGAGUCGGCUUUGAGGAUAGGUCCCGGGCCGAGGGGAGAGUCUUCUGGAUCUAGUGCGCCCGGUUGA